AUGGGCUUCACGACAGGCCUGCUCGGAGGUUUCACCCUCACAGCCUCCCUCCUCUACCUCUCGACUGAACUCCACUCACGCAACAGAAUACACCAAGCGGCUCUCCUCCGCCAACAAGCCCUCCUUCUCAACAACAUCGUCGAACCACAACCCGAUCUUCCUCCACCUACUGCACGCGCAGUGAAAGCGGGACUCUGGGAGACUGCCAAGGAUAAAUGGAACGCCGAGCUCGAAAACAAUGUCCGGAAAGUCCAACGAACAGACUGGGCGGCUGUUGGUCAGAACCUGGAGGAGUCAGUCAGUGGGCUCUGGAGGAGAGCUUUCCAGUCAAGUAGGGAAGGAGCUGAAGUGGCAGGCGAGAAGAUCAGUGAACAGGUCGGUCUGGCUGAAGAGAACGCGAGGCAAGGGCUGAAGAUGGCGGCGCAGGGCGUCGAGCAGAAGGUCAAGAAGAAUGCGAGUUAUGGUGGUGUAUAG